AUGGGGAAGUCCCGCCCCAAGCCGCAGUUCACCAAUAGCGCUCUGCACUCGCCCCCAAGGGCCGUCCAAUCGCGGGCGGAACGAACGGCUGGAGCCCCGCCCCUGCCGCGUUCAGCCGUGGCUCGGCAGGCGGCCGCUCAGGGCCUCGGUAUUCUCCGGGCGGCGGCGCGCAGCGUCCGGAUCAGACGGCCGCGGCUGGGGCGCAGGCGGCCGCAGGGCUCCUCGCUGGGUGUUGGGCAGAAGGGACAAGAGAGGCAAAAGCCACCGGCCGGGCCGGAGGGCUCCUCAGCUCCGCCGGGGCCCGCGGCGCGGGUCCCAGUAUCGAGAAGGAGGCGGCGCCCCCGCUGCCUGGAGCCGGCCCGGAGCCCGCCUGUGGGAGGCCGGACUUCCCGGCCCGCAGAGACCCAGCCGCGCCUCCCGGAGAGGCUGCCAGAGUCCGGGCCGCCGCGUGGGCGCCCUGCCCCCACCCUCGCCUCACCUGCGCAGGGCGCAGGGCCCAGGUGCGGGGGCGAGCACGGCGAGGGCGCCUCCCCCGGUCGCCAGCGAGGCGGGGGGCCGCGCGCACCUCGGCCUCACCGGCGCCGCUCCUCGCAGUCUCACCGGUCCGCCGGGUCGCGCGGCGUGAGCUUCCCGGGCCGCUCGGGAUGCUGUCCGCUCGCACGCCGCCGGCCGCCCCUGCCCUGGCCUGCCAGGCCAUGCCCCACUGUUUACGGGCCGGCAAAGCUCCCAGCUGCUUUGAGCUUUUCGGGGACCCGGCGCCCAGAGAGUGAACCCAGCGGGCCCGCGAACACUGGACUGACUAGUCGCGCAGACCCGAGGCUCCAGACUCAGAUCUGUGCCCGUUCCGCCUCCGCCACCAUCUGGGUGGAAGCCGGCUCUGGUGUUUUUGGGGAGGGGGGUGUGGUGUAGGGAAAGGAAUCCUGGGGAUUUCUGGC